GAACGUGAGCGUCUGGAGUAACACAAUCAUUAAAAAAAGAAUAAAAACCCGUAAAUGUGUGUGAGCGUUACAUGACGAGUGAAUGCGGCUGUGGUGUUUGAGGAAGCGAAGCGAGGGGAGUCUCUUCGGGCCUUUUCUCGUCUUUCAUUAUUUAUUUCCUUAUUAACUGCGAUCUAAACAUUGAUGGUGACCAGCGACGGCUGAGCUCGAGAUCGGCGGAAUAACCUGCAGUAUUUCACAUUCGGUGCGCGUGUGUGUCGCAAUGGCUCGCCCACGGCCACGGGAAUAUAAAGCCGGAGAUUUGGUUUUCGCUAAAAUGAAGGGUUACCCGCACUGGCCGGCGAGGAUUGAUGAGCUGCCAGAGGGCGCUGUGAAGCCUCCUGCUAAUAAAUACCCCAUCUUCUUCUUUGGUACUCAUGAAACUGCCUUCCUGGGUCCUAAAGACCUGCUUCCUUACAAGGAAUAUAAAGAGAAGUUUGGAAAGUCAAACAAGAGGAAAGGCUUUAAUGAAGGUCUGUGGGAAAUUGAAAACAAUCCUGGUGUCAAAUUUACUGGUUACCAGGUCAUACAGCAGCAGAGCUCCUCUGAGACAGAAGGGGAGGGGGGCAAUGCUGCUGAUGCAAGCAGUGAGGGAGAUUCUGUUGGUGAGGAAGAUGAAGGAAAGAUGAAGAGUGACAAGGUGGGGUCAAAGCGGAAAAAAAGUGCAGCCUCCAAGAUGUCGUCUAAGCUGUCCAGGAAAUGUUCGGGAGAUGAAGAUCUGGAGAAGGACGGAAAAGAUCCUGAAGAGAAGAGCGGUUCAGAGUCUGGUGAUCGUGACAACAACAUCCAGAACUCUUCAGAAAAGAAAUGCAGUCAAGGGCAGAAUCUGUCUGUCCGGGAGGAUCGCUAGAUGAUCGCACCGCUGCUCAUCAUCGUCCAUUUGUCAUAUUGUAAAUGUACACUUUGCAUUUUCUUCUAUCGAUUGCUUGCAAAUGUCCAAACAUUAUUAUGACUUGUUCUGUUCAGGGUCAAAUCUGACAUGCCCACACAACAAAAAAACACAUGGGUUGAUACAAAAACGUCUUUGUUUUCUAUUUCAUUUGAGAUUUUCUAUCAGCACUGUACAUAUGACCGGACAUGACAAUCACUCACCUUCUACACAAACUGUAUAUCUGUCCUGACGGAGCAGACAACUGGUCUCUAAAACAACAUGGUCAUUUGCCGUACUUUUAUGUGAACAGAAAAAAAGGAAGGAAAAAGUAGAACAACAUGUAUGAAGGUUAGUGCAAAAACAGACUUGCGAGUUCAAUAUAAUCUUUGUACAUUUGAUUUGGGUGUAGAAUCUAGAAGCUCAAUGUUAAAGGUGUAGCUCAUGUCUGUUCUGGCAUGUUGACAUUGCAUCAUUCACGUUUCCCAUGUUUUUCUGUUGAUCUUUUCUUUACGGACAAAAAAAAAUGCGCUCUUGCUUUGUUAGAUUUUUAUUUUUCUUAUCUUUGUUUAUAAAAAUAUAUAUUCUAUUUAUUUUUAUGACAGUAGAUGGCACAUGUGUGCUAAAGUUGUCCUCAUUUCAUUUUUAUUGUUGAGUUUUCAUGGUUUGUAGCUACAUGAAAAAGUUGUUUUCUGUUUAUUGACAAGAAUUUUACAGAAUAAAUUAAUUGGAAUGCGA